AUGUAUUUGACAACGCUUAUUAUUGUCUGCAUCGCUCCUGCUCAUGCCGAUGUCGUCUAUCCUGUUCUGAUCGAAAGCAGAAGCGACAGCUCACAAGGCGCUGUUCGAGUGACUGAGGAUUACAUCGUCAACUUAGAGGAAUCCAGCGUCUUAGGAGAUGCUUUGUUUUUUACCGAUACUCUGAAUGGGGAGGUGACCCACGAAUUGAUGGAUACCACAUCCCUACGCAAUAGCGUUUAUGAAAACUCGGAACACGCAGCUUCUUUUACUAUAACUAAAACACCCACGGGGAUAGAGAUGGAAGGUUACCUCAAUUUUACGCACGGAAUUAAGCCCUUAAAAAUAAAUGACAGAUCUGGACGAAUUCCUCACAAAAUAUUUCCCCUUCCGAAGCUUGAGGGAGAGGUUGAUCUUGAUCUUCCAGUAGAUGAAGAUCUGAAUGAAAGUCCAGAGCCACGUGCUGAUCCAGACCUACCCGAUGUGUGGCGACCUGAAAUGUAUAUCAUGAUUGACAGCUCAAUAAACCAGUACCUGAGAGGUAUCAAAAGGCUACAAGUGCUCUACAUCGUAAGGCUUAUGAAUAUCGUUAAUUCAAUAUUCAAGACGGUCAAAAAACCCUUAAUAAACCUCCAUCUUGUUGGAAUAUAUCGGUUCCAGACAAAACAGGAUGAACCAUUUAUUGUGGAGGAAGGUGGCUUCAUCGAGGGGCAUGAAACGUUGGAUGCCUUUGGAAUAUUCACAAAAAAUACUUCGUUUGCGAGACAUGCAGAUUUCUACUUUUUGCUCGCUGGGCGUCGCUUAGGAAGACGGAACAAAGAAGGGAAAAUAUCUCCGAAUAUUCUUGGUUCCGCAUUUUCUACGGGGGUUUGUGUGAGUGGCAAAAAUGUUGGUAUUGCUGUGGAAGUACCUUUACUUUACGCUACCUUCGCAACAAUAGCUCACGAGAUCGGACAUUUGCUUGGGAACACGCAUGAUGGCAAUCCUCCGCUCUUCAACGGUCAUCCAGGUGCUGAAGCCUGCAAGAACACACCAGGACAUAUCAUGGGCUUUAAGCAUCAACCGCCCUUUACGUUUUCCAAUUGCAGUGAAAAAGAAAUGGAAUUUAUUUUAAGGAAACGUGGAAAGAAUUGUUGGGAUACGCAAUCCGACUACAACUUCUUCAAUGUCACUAAAGAUGUUGCGGGCUCAAAAAUCACACCCCAGAAGUACUGCCAACGCAUUAAUCCAGAGCUCUAUCUGUCAGCUCACAAAGAAGUCUGCUUAAUAAAAUGCACGAAUAAAAAUGGCGUCAAAACCUACCCGGCCCCAUUUGGCUACCCUUGCGGAGAUAAAAAGAGGUGCUGGUUUGGGAAUUGUGAAGAUAUUACUAAUAAAACCCAAAGCGACCCAUGUCUCAUGUAA